GGUGGUGGAGGUCGCUAGAGGAAGAGAGAGCUAGUGGAGAAAGAGAGCAAGUGAGAUAUGAGGAAAGAGAGAGAUCUCGUGGGAGAGAACGCAAAGAGGAAGAACUGGAAUUGCCGCUGUGCUUUGCCUUCGCUGUCGCUGCCGCUGCUGUUGGAAGCUGCGCCGCUGGUAACUACCGCUAGCUGUCUUCUUGGUAAGCGUUCGUUUCCGAAACCCCUUGAAAUUAAUGUUUUGUAAUAAUCCGUUAGGGAUUUUGAGAUAUUGGCAACUUAGGGUCGAGUUUCGGUCAUUGCAUGUUGUGAUUGAAGCUGCCGCUGCUGCGGGUCAGAAGGAAAAAGAGAUUUUUGACGCGUUUCAUAGCUUUUGGAUUUCGACAAUCGAGAUAGGGCGAUUUCCUAAACUUAAUUUAUUAUCAAGAAUUGUUUUAAGUUGAUAUUAAUUUGAAAAAUAUAUUUUUAUGAUUUCGUAAGUUUUAUGAAUUAAACCGAGUUUUCUUGAAUAAAUGUAAAUGCUAGUUUGAAUGGUUUAUUGAUUGAUUGAAGAUGUUUAGUUAGAUUUUGUAUUUGGUUUAAAGUUAUUAUGAUGAUGAUUGAAUUGUGAUUGUUUCUGAAUAUUGAGUGGGAAAGUUAGUUUGAUUAAAUACUUUGUAAAAUGAUUUUCUUGGUUCGGGAUUAAUUUGAUAUUAAAAAUGAAUCGGCAUUUAAAAUGAUUUGGGAUAUUUGGAAUGGGUUUUGUUGGUUUAUUGAGAAAAGAGUAUGUUUUGAUCUUUAUGGAGAAAAGAUUUAUGUUUUAAGUUCGAACUAUUAAUAAAAAGGAUUAUGCCUUGGAUUUGAUUUAUUAAGAAAAGAAGCAUGUUUUGAGUUUGAUUUAACAACUACAUUUUAAGGAAUUAUGAUUCAAGGAGUUUAAUAAUUUUAAAGAACAAGAUUGGUUGUCAUGUCAUCCUUCCUAAAGUCUCGAGACUCUGCCGUGAGGUUUAAUUAAUAAAUGAUUCUUUUAGUCUUUUGAAAGAGGUUUAAAUCUGAAAUAGUUUUGAAGUUGGUUUGAAAAAUCUUGGUUAAGUAGGAACUGAGUUUUGUAUGAAAGAACUUGUUUUAAGUAAAGUGGUUUUGGAGGUUUGGAAAAGGUUAUAAGGAGUAAUGAUUUAUUAUUUAAUUUUUAAAAAUUCGGCGUCUUACACCAAUGUUACGAAAGAGCUAACCUGGAUUCUAAGUUGGGUUAACUUGAAGGUAGGGAGGAUAGUGAAUUCGUAAUCGAUAAUGAUUCGAUGAACUGAUGGUUGGAGUACCUGUAAGGAAUUUUGACAAUCAAGUCACUAUUAAGUUCGGGUAUCAUGCUCUUUAUUUAUCGUAUUUAAAGGAGAAUAUGAGAGAGGAAUCUUGCAUAAAUAAACUUAUGAUCAUAUCCUUAUUAGGUUGAUGUAUCUGUCAAAAAACAAUUUUUAGGUUCAAGGCUUCUUUAGGUCCAAUCAAAUACUAGAUCUAAUGAAAAUUAAUAAAAUUUACACAUUUAUAAUAUGGUUGGGCUACACAUCCAAGAAAAUUUUCAUCCAAGUUCAACCAAGUAGACCCAAUACCAAAAAAAUCCAAUCUCAUUAAAUGAAACGUGUAUUACACACGCAGAAACCUGAAAACAUUACCAAUUUAGUCACGCAUUGAAUGUGAAACAAAGUUCCUUCUUGACACUCGAAAUUGCUAUUGGAGAAUUUCAAAUCUCUCUCAAAAUCUCUCAAACUACAUUCGUCUCUUCAAAAACUGCUCUACUGAAGAAUCAUGUGAAGCUUUCGAAAGGAAGAAGAAAAGACAAACAAAAAUAAGAACAGAAACUCCAUAAGCAAUAAUGAAAAAGAUGAUGGUCACAAAAAAGGAGAAGCCAUACUAUAACAAAAAUCACGAUCUGAGAUGCCAAACAAAAGCAAUAGCAAGGGUGUUCAAAGAAAUGAGUCAGGAAAAUAAAAAUAUUGUGGAAGAAAUGAGAUUCGGUGGACUGGCACAUGUGCCAGAAAUGAACGUCUCUCACAAGCUCUUGAGAGAAUUGAUUCGUUGCUAUGAUGACUAUCAUGGAUACUUUGACAUUCUCUAUGGUAGAAUAUACAUAACACCUGCCAAGAUAAGAGAUGCGCUGGUUAUAAAUUACGGCGGGGAUGGUUUUCCUGAAAAAGUUGAGUACAACAAACUGACUGAGGAACAAAAGGGGACAAUUGACAACUUUAAAGGUGCUACUUUGGCAUCUUUGACAAAAUUUGUGCUUGACAUGAGUAUUGAAGAGGAAGAGAACCGACAGAAAUUCAAAAGGACUGUUUUCAUUGUAACACCCUAAUUACUUUAAACCUUACCUCUAGCCGUAAAGCAAAGGUUAAUCAAAGGUUACGACAAUUCUAAGGCUUA